UCGAACAGCGUUAUUAGCGAAAAUCCAGUGAUCCACAAUACUUGCGUAAUCUUUAUCAAUUUAUACGAGCAACAUCAACAUAUAAMAUUAUUGACGGCAGCAUGUCGAUUACUGGAAAUAAUAUAUUUUUGCUGGAGGCGAUCGUGUACCGUGUGACGCUGACGGAUCAGAUCCAAGUACAAAACACGUGUCCGGUGUGUGUGUGCUUCCAGUUCCCGGGGUUGAUCGACUUGAUGGUAUGCGAAGGUGGUUUUUGCGCCGACGGUGUGGUUGGAGGUGGCAAAGUCCUGAUGGCCAACGGCAAGUCGUGUUUGUUCACGGUCGACAAAGCGGACCUUUGCCGAACUGCCCGCGAAUUUCGCGCGAUCAUCAGCGUGAAUAGACGUGUGGUCGGAGAACAGCAAAUGCGAUAUGUCGCACAGACGGAGCUCGUGUUCGACCGGAUGUUUGUCGACAUUUUACUGAACCCCUAUCAGGAUGAGAAGGUCCGAACACUGAAACGGGAUUUGCCGUUGUACGAAAAGGGUCGUCCAAAACCCGUGGGCACUGUGGAAGUCUUGGUCCGUUUGUCAUCGCAGGGGAAUUUAGUGGUGACUCAUUUCAACCGUUCGCCAAAUAGCGAUAAAUAUAAUUACAAACCAGUAAACGAAAACGUUCCUACACACGUGUCGGCGAUAAAUUGUUCCGAAAGUUUAACACUCAAACCAAAGAAAAUAUGCAAACACAAAGCUACGUGUAAGAACAAACGACCGAAGACCAAGCAAGAGCCCAGUAGCUAUUGCGCCUCGAAAAUCAAACAGGCCAACUGCAUUAUGACGAUGAUGGAAAAGUUAGCAACCUUAUACAAACAAACGAAAAUUAAAACACCGGUGUCCACUGACAAGUUGAAUCAGGACAAAAAUCAAAGUCAUAAAGGUAAACAGUGCUUGUUCAACCUGAAUUGUCCGGUUGACCGUUGUCCGUUCAGGACAGGAAAAUUGACAAAUGAUUAUGUCAGCAAUUUGAUCGAAAGCAAUUGUCCCGGGAAGGCUGUUUCGUGUAAUAAACGGUCAAGGAAACAUGAAAUCGUUGACAAUGCGGAUUUGUUUGUCGUAAACGUAGGUCGGGUGGACCCGUGCCGCGUGGUCGCGCCGUUGGUUUACAAGGACGGCUGCACUCAGUGUUUCGAAACGGAC